CCGUUCGACGCAUUGCCCACAGCUGAAAGCAAGGCAGCAGGCAAGCAGGCAGCAGUAGUUAACCUCAACCUGCCGCGCAGAAUAAACAGUUACAAACAGUUUUCAGUUAUAAGGUUUGUUGCCGGUCUGCAGUCGACAACGUUUACUCGUUUAGUUCUUGCAAAUAUUGAGAAUUUCAGCGGUGGAAUAUUUGAUAUAACGAAAAAUGCAAUACUGAAAAUUUACCACUGCUACCAUAACACAGAAAUUUGACACAAAGUGAUCCAAAAUGACUUCAAGACUAGCUGAAAUGCAGGCCAAAUUUCAACAGAAACAAAUCCAAGAACGAGAAGAAAAACUUCUUCGCCUUUAUGAAAACCAACAGCAAAAAGCCUUCGAAAGAGUAAAUCGUGGAAGUGCAGGAAGUAACACAAGUGUUGGUUCGACAGGAGGGGGAAAAGUUAGACAAAUGUUCGAUGAAAGGAGACAAAAAGCAGGAAUUGACAAGAGCUAUCCUUUGGAACCUUUAAAAGGAACAAAAACAGUCGGACGAAUGAGAGGAGCAAGCAUUGACAGAAUUAAAAAUGUGACGGUUAAAACCGUCGUUAAAUCGAAUGUUCAAAAAACCUCUAGAAUAAAAGAUAGCAAAACAGUCGUAAAUAAACAAGAAGUAGUUCAAUCUAUUUAUAACAAUAAUGGCGAAGAUGAAACGUAUGAGGAGCACAAAUACGAAUGUGACAACUUAAACAAAACAUUUAAUAAAGCGCAAUUUGAUAUAAUCGAUAUGAUGAAUAAUCAAAAUUUAAAUGAUACUUUAGACAACGAAGAAAUGCCACAAUUAGAAGUUGACGAACUAGACGAAACAAUGUUUACCGGAAAAUUAACUAAUGUUGGAGGAAGGCUUCCUAGUGAAGUUGCGAAGAAUCUUGAACAAAAUACAACAGAGUCGAAACCAAAUUCUUUAGGAAAGACUUUUCGGAAAGAAACGAAGCCCAUUAUUAAACGAAGCAUUAAGCCUGCACUCUCACCUCAGAAUCUCUCGCCACGUACUUCUGUUCAUUCGCAGCCAUCGAAAACAACAACAACAAAUCAGUUUUCCUCCCCUGUUCGAUCAGUUUCUCAGACCAUGCAAUCCGCAAGCAAGACUCCUCCAAUCAAGAAAGGAACCCCACAGCCAGCUAACUCAGCCAGAGCUCCAUGCAAUACAAGACCGUCAGCCAAACAAUCUGCCAAAUCACCCGUUGCUCGUGACGAUUUUAGUGAGUGUCGCUAUUGUAAUCGACGUUUUGCAGCCGACCGUUUAGAAGUACAUGAAUCUAUAUGCGGAAAAACUGCGAAAAAAAAACGUAAAACAUACGACGCAACAAAGCACAGACUCGAAGGCACGGAAUUAGAACAAUAUGUAAGACGUGGAAAAACUGUCAGUAACAAGCCGAGCAAGCAACCACCUAAGAAAGACUGGCGAAGAACUCAUGAAGAAUUUAUCAAUGCUAUCAGGGCUGCUAAAAUGGCACAGGCUCAUGUAGCUAAAGGAGGAAAGCUUUCGGAUUUACCUCCACCUCCUCCUUCAAGCAAUCCAGAUUACGUUCAGUGUCCGCACUGUGGUAGAAAAUUCAACGAAGCUGCCGCAGAAAGACAUAUUCCUAAAUGCGCGAGCUAUAUAUUCAACAAACCGAAACCUGGACAACCGCAAAAAGGAAAAACUUCAGGAAAGAAGUGACGCCAACAACAAAAAACAGACCGUUUAUAAAAAAUAUUUAUAAAUUUUCGUCGCUAAAAUGAUUUAUGUUCAAUACAUUCCAGUGAAUGCCGUACUCUUUAACAUUUUAAUACAGUUAACAAGAAUAUUGAAAUAAAUCUCAAACAUUUGGACGUUGAAUUAUUAAUUAAUUAUUAUGUAUUAUAAUCAAACAUCAACGAAGUAAAACUUUAAAACUCUAACAGUAAAUUAAUGAGUCAAUUAUAAAAUAUUUUUUUACAAAUUAAAAAUUUUAGCGUUACUUAUGAAUUACGAUUAAAUAAUAAAUAAUAAUGUGAUAUCAA